AUGUCGAACUUUCGUUUAUUCUUCAAUCGUGUGAUUGUCAACUGGCACUUUAUUCUUAUCUUUUCGAUCUGUUUGCUCAGCAUUCAUUUUUUCUUUCUGAAUGACUAUCAACUUCAAGUCAACGACUCUCAGGUUGGUGUUGUACCCGCCGCCGAUGCGCAAUCAACAUCCACACCUGAGAGCCCAGUAAUUCUCGAUCCCAACGCUGGUAAAGAAGGAGCAAACACCGUGGGCUUAGAGCAUGGAAGCUCAAACGAAGUCUCCGUUGUCUCCGAUGGCAAAGGAAAUACUACGGCUUCGAGUACGCCAGGCGACAAGAGUUACUUGUCGAUCCCAUACAAACCCGAAGACGAAUACCUCGCAAUCUGCGUCUCCAUGAAAGACCAAACCAAAGAUCUUCCCGAAUGGCUCAUCCACCACUACCACCACGUCGGCAUCCGCCGUUUCUACAUCAUGGACGACGGAUCCGAUCCCCCAAUUUCUCAACAACUCACCGACUUCGGCAUCCCCAAAUCAGCACUCACCUUCCACUACCAAGACCGCGCGACGCGCGACGAGCACAUGCAAGUAGUAUUCUACGAGCAAUGCCAGCAAUGGUUCGGCGACAAACACACCUGGAUCGCCUACAUUGACGGCGACGAAUUCCUCGAAGCAACUGGCAACGAAACUGUUCAAGACGUGCUACGCAGCUUCGACGACGAUGACACCGUAGGCGCCUUGGGCGUGCACUGGAAAAUGCACAACUCAAAUGGUCUCCUAACCCGUCCCGAGUCCGCGCGCAAGGGCUUCACGACCUGUCUCUGGGACUCGCCCGAAGACUAUCUCGGCGGGACAGACGACAACCACCACAUCAAGUCUAUCGUCAAGACCUCGAAAUUCGCGCACUAUGCGAACCCGCAUAAAUUCGAGCUCAGGGACGGCGCGAACACGGUUACGGAGCAUGGGGAUGUGGUGACGACGAUUGCGUGGAGGAGUCCGAUUACGCGGGAUCGCGUCGCGUUGCAUCAUUAUGCGGUGAAGAGCAGACAGGAGUAUGAGGAGAAGAUGGCGAGGAGUAAUGGGAUGGGACAGCCUAAGGGGGAGGAGUUUUGGAAUCAUAUGGAGACGACGCCGAGUAGUGUGUGUAAUGAGAUGGCGAUGUAUGAUCCGUAG